UUGGGUCCCGGGAGGCCAGAAAGGGAGGGGGCACCAGGAGCAGGGCCCAGCCCUCAGGCUCCCACUCAAGUCUCUGGUCACUCCACAGAUCUCCCCGGUGCCUCGAUCUUCAGCGGUGCCUCGACCUCCCUCAGUGCCUCGACCUCCCCGGUGCCUCGGGCUGGAUCCAGCAUGACCCUGUGGAAUGGAGUCCUGCCCUUCUACCCGCAACCUCGCCAUCCGGCCGGUGUCCCCGUACCGCUGCUCGUGGUCAUCAUCGUGUUUCUGGCCCUGGCCGCCAGCUUCCUGUUCAUCCUUCCAGGCGUCCGCGGCCGGGCGCGCUGGUUCUGGCUGGUGCGGAUCCUCCUCAGCCUCUUCAUCGGCGCCGAGAUCGUAGCGGUGAAUUUCAGUGGGGAGUGGGCCGUGGGCCGGGUCAGCGCCAACACCACGUACAAAGCGUUCAGCGCGGCGCGGGUGAGCGUGGACAUCGGGCUGCAGGUCGGGCUGAGCGGCAUCAACAUCACCCUGAAAGGGACUCCCGUGCACCAGCUGAACGAGACCAUCGACUACAACGAGCGGUUCGACUGGAGGUUGGGGGAGAACUACGAGGAGGCCUACGAGGCCGGACUGGAGAAGGGGCUGCCCGACCCGGUGCUCUACCUGGCCGAGAAGUUCUCCCCGCCCAGCCCCUGCGGCCUGCACCAACAGUACCGCCUGGCCGGACACUACGCUUCGGCCACCCUCUGGGUGGCGUUCUGCUUCUGGCUCCUGUCCAACGUGCUCCUGUCCUUGCCGGCCCCGCACUACGGUGGCUUCACGUUGUUGGCGGCCGGCGCCUUCCUGAUCUUCACGAUUCUCUCCUUCGUCUCGGCCUCGGCCACCUGCCCGCUCCGCCUCGGCCCCGCCACCCUCACCACCAGCUACGGGGUCGCUUUCUGGAUCACGCUGGCCACUGGGCUCCUGUGCUUUGUGCUGGGCGGGGCCGUGCUGGGCCUCCACCGGGCGAGACCUGGCGGCCUGCGCGCUUUCCUGGACCUGAGCGGCGAGGACCAAAGGGGAGAGGCCGAGGGGCCGCCGCCCCGGGCUUACAGCAACCCGCUUUUCGUGCCCGACGACCACCAGGCCGGCGACCCCAGCCACCCCGACGCACUGCUCCACGUGCGCCUCUAGAGGGCGCUCCAAGCCGGGAAC